GCAGGAAGUGGUGCUGGGGAGGCGGUCCCUGUCUUCUCUCUAAUACUUCUAAUACUCUAUGCUGAGUCCAUGUAAACAUUAAAAUGUCACAGUCUCCAGACGCCCGCAGCCUAGUGUCUGCCUCUUCCCAGUUGAACCUGAUGGAGGUGGACUCGAUCGACGAUAAGGAAUUUGACAUUCCCCAAGUGGAUACACCUCCCACACUGGAGAGCAUCCUUAAUGAGUUGGAGGAUGAGGAGGAGCCAUUUGUGUUGGAGGACACUUCCGUGCUAAACACAGACAACAUAGACACUCACUCCUGUGACACCUCCUCUCUAGCCAGCUCUGAUAGUGGAGACCCUGCAUAUCUCAAAAGAAAGAAGAGGACAGUGGAUCUGAAUGCAACGGUUCAUGGAUCCGUCCUUCGACACAGCCUGCUGAAGGGUAUCUCUGCACAGAUCGUCUCUGCUGCUGACAAAGUGGAUGCUGGACUGCCAACUGCUAUAACUGUGUCAGGUGUAAUUGCUGUGGGAACGUCUCAUGGCCUGGCUCUGAUCUUUGGAAAAGAUACCAGUCAAGCCCUGCGACUAUGUUUGGGUAACAAGACAUCAGAAUUUGGAGCUGUCUCCGCCCUUAGCAUCAACCAUGAUUGCUCACGACUUCUCUGCGGUUUUGCUAAGGGACAGAUUACAAUGUGGGAUCUCGCCCACGGGAAGCUUCUAAGGACUAUCACUGAUGCCCACCCUCCAGGAACUGCAAUACUGCAUGUGAAGUUCACAGAUGACCCCACUCUUGCAGUGUGCAAUGAUAGUGGAGGAUCAGUUUUUGAACUGGCUUUCAGGAGGGUCAUGGGUAUGCGGUCCUGUGACUCUCGAUGUCUCUUCAGUGGUUCUAAAGGGGAGGUCUGUUGUAUUGAACCUUUGCGUGCUCCUCCAGACUUCAAAGACCAUCCCGUAACACACUACUGUCUGCUGGCCAUGGCCUCUCUCACUAAGAUUCUGGUCAUUGGACUAAAGCCAACCCUGAAAGUCUGGAUGACUUUUCCUUACAGCAAGUCUGAUCCGUCCAGUGUUCCUCAGCUUGCCUGGCAGUUUGUUCCUGUUCAGAAGACAGUCAAUCCAGUCCUGGCUUUUUGCAAAGGAGAUACAGUCCACUUCCUUCUGGUAAAGAAGGAGGACACAGGAACCAUUCAUGUCAUCAAGCAGCGACAACUCCACCUCAGCUGUGACAUUAUUAGCCUCAGUUGGAUUAACAGCCAUACACUGGUCCUUGUAGACAGCCAUGAAAAGCUGCAGGUCGUGGACAGACCCUCUCAGGAGGUUUUGGAGACUCUGGACUUGGAGCAGGUGCAACUGGUCUAUAACAGCCGGCAUUUCAAAUCGCUGGCCACUGGAGGAAAUGUCUCCCAGGCGUUGGCUUUAGUGGGAGAAAAGGCUUGUUACCAAUCGGUCUCAAGCUAUGCAGGGCAGAUUGUCUAUUUGGGUACCAAGUCAGCUCACAUCAUGACUCUAAGGAACUGGAGAGAGCGCAUAGACUGUUUACUGAAGCAGGAGCAUUUCAUUGAGGCUCUCUCUUUGGCCUGGUCCUUCCAUGAGGGAACAGCUAAAGCUGUGGUUGGCUUGUUUGGUGAUCCACUGAAAAGGAAGGCAGUGGUCAGUGACAAGAUGGUGGAGAUACUUUUCCACUUCGGAGAGCACGCAUUGAAGAAGUGUCCAGAACACGGCAAGAUCCAAGUGAUGGAACAGCAUUUCCAGGAUGUGGUUCCAGUCCUGGUAGAUUACUGCCUGCUGCUUCAGAGGGCAGACCUGCUGUUUGACCAGAUUUAUGCCCGACUGUGUGAAAACACGGUUGCUAAGGGUGUCUUCCUGGAGUCUCUGGAGUCGUACAUUAUUGCUGACCGUCUUGGUCACCUCUCCGCUCCCAUUAUGAAGGACCUUCUGGCCCAUUACCAUGGCAGCGGUAUGAUGCACAGCUUGGAGAGAUGCAUUGUCCAUCUAGAUGUCACAAGCUUGGAUAUACAGCAGGUGGUCCAAUUGUGUUGGGAGAACCAGCUCUUUGAUGCAAUGAUCUACGUUUUCAACAGUGGCAUGAAUGAUUUCAUUACUCCAAUGGAGAAACUCUUUGCAGUAAUUGGCCCAACACUGAAGGGUGGGAGGAGCCUAUCAGAUGAGGAUGUGGUCAUGGGAAACAAACUUCUGGUGUACAUAAGCUGCUGUCUCGCAGGGAGAGCAUAUCCACGUGGAGACAUCCCUGAAGAUCUUGUGGUGCAAGUCAAGCACCAGGUGUUUGAGUUCCUGAUCCGUCUCCAUUCAGCUGAAUCAUCAGAGGAGGAGGAAGUUUUCCCUUAUAUUCAUACACUGCUGCACUUUGACACUCGGGAAUUUCUCAAUGUCCUUGCCAUGACAUUUGAAGACUUUAAGAAUGACAAGCAGGCCCUAGAGUACCAGCAGAGGAUAGUGGACAUCUUACUUCAGGUGAUGGUGGACAACCCAGACUUUACUCCUUCCCAGGUGGGCGGGCUCUUCACCUUUUUAGCUCGCCAGUUGGCCAAGCCGGACAACACACUGUUUGUUAACAGAAAGCUCUUUGAUCAGGUUCUGGAGUUCCUGUGUUGCCCAGAUGAUGACUCCCGGCACACUGAAAGACAACAGGUUCUCCUGGAGCUGUUGCAGGCCGGAGCAGCAGUCCAGUUUAAUGAGGAAAGACUGUUGACUUUGGCAGAGAAGGCCAAGUUCUACCAGAUCUGUGAAUUUCUUUAUGAGAAGAAACAUCUGUAUGACAGAAUCAUUGACUGCUACCUUAAAGACCCCCUCAGAAAGUGGGAGAUCUUCAGCUACAUUCAUAAUCUGCUCUCCAUGCCUGGCUACAGCCCUGACGAGAAACAAACAGUCAAGAACAAAGCACUGCAGCUUAUUCAGGAGCUUGUGACCCUUGACCCCAGCAAAUCAGCCGACCUUGUGGUGUUUCAUUUUACAGAAGAGGUGCAGCAAAUCAUUUCUGAGCUUCAGGAUGACCAGCUACGUUUCAAAUUCCUCAGCUGUCUCUUGGAGCCCCGGGAAGGCUUUCAAAUGGAGUUCAUCCUGCCUUUAGAACGUGACCUCCAUGAGCUUUUUCUGGACUUACUGUGCCGCUUUGACCGCAGCCAGCUCCUGAGCUUCCUCCAAACCUCCCACCACUACAGACUGGAGGAGGCCAUACAAAUAAUGAAGCAGUACCACUGUAACGAGGCCACAGCGUAUCUGCUUGAGAAGAAGGGUGACGUGCAAGGGGCGUUUGCUGUCUUGUUGGAGACACUGAGGGAAAAGCUGAGUCUCUUCACUGCUGAGAGUGACCGAGGAGCUGAAGGACAAGCUGGGACACAAGAUGAUGAUGAGAUAGACAACGAAUCAACACUGAUGAGAGUGAAGGAAUCACUCAAUGACAUCAUUGCCUUCUGCCAACGAAGCUGUCAGAACCUUGAUAGGCAACAGAGAGAGGUUUUAUGGUUUCCACUUUUGGACACCAUGAUGGCCUCUCAGAAACAAGUGAUAGGUCUUAAUGCCAAACAUACGUCUGAAGUGCUAAAGGAGCAGACAAUGAAGGUUCUCAACUGUAUGAGCAGCUUCAUUUCUCUACCUGCCAUCAUUCAACAAAUAUUGCAGGACCCAGUCUAUGGGAAAGGAAAGCUGGCAGAGGUUCAGUGCCUCAUCCUGGGUAUGCUGGACACUUUCAACUAUGAACAGACUUUACUUGAAACAACUACAAGUCUGUUGAACCAUGACCUCCACUGGUCCCUGGCUCACCUGCGUGCUGCUGUCACAAGGGGACUCCACCCACGACAAGACUGCUGUAACAUCUGCCUCCAGCACUACAAGGGGAAACAGGAUUCAGCUGAAGAGAUCAUUGUGUUUAGCUGUGGCCACCUUUACCAUUUACAGUGCCUGCAGCAAAAGGACUGUGGGCUGGGCUCUGCUACAGAGGCUAAUCAGCGAUGGAGGUGCUACAAGUGUUCUUCUAGCCAUGGAGGAAGGGGGAGGCCUUUCUCAGAAGCGAAAAGAGGUCGUGUCAUGUCACUGGCACAGACUCAUGUUACAUCGGCACAUCAUGACAUGGGAGCAGUGGCUCACAGGAAGAAGGUGUUUGUUGAAACAACGUUGGACCUUCAGCAGGAACAGUCCUGGGAUCAGAUACGGUGUUUAUACCGAGGACCAUCAAGGUUGUCCAUGCUUUCAGAACUGUCCCACUCCCGUUCCAGUGAGAAGACAGGGUUUCUAAUAUCCGUCCAACCAGAAAAAGAAAGUUUCCAGCUCAAACUAUCUCCUCCACCCCUAUUGGAAGAAUAGCACAGUAACUGGCCGAGGAUAUUAUUUCCCAUCACUUGUUCAGACUAAGGUCAUGUGCGAUAAAGACACAAGAUGUUUUCUUCCCCUAAUUAACCAUCUUCAAGCAUUGUGUGAAAUGUUGAUGUACCCUGUGAUGUUUAUGUACAGCAAAUGUUAAAUAUAGAUACUACAUACAGUAAUUCUACUUUUAGUGCAUCAGUUGAUCAUGGACUACAGCUGGCUGAACCAUCAUAACAAAGCUACGAGCGAACUGCAACAAAUGUUAGAACAUGUCCUUUGUAGAGGGAACUCACACUGGAUGUUUGUUUAUACACAUGAACUGUCUCUCUGUUGUCUUUUAAAUAAUUAGAUUUUUUUUUUUAUCCCUCA